AGCGGAGUGGGGUUGGCAGCACCUCAGACUACCCAUUAUAUGGCCCUCUGUCCAGCACUGGUUUUCCUUUUCAGACUAGCUGGAAACGGUACUCAUCAAUCCUCACGAAUCAUACGGGUCGCCGCGAGACGGUGUAUCCCGAUGAAUGAUGGGGUUGCGGUCGGUAUAGACACACCCAUCAAAAGCAAUGGCCCGGGCCCGGCGACCAGCGGCAAAGAUGUACUCGGCGUGGCUUGUAUACAGUCCUGCACAGUACGCCACGAUUUCGCCACCGCCGGGCAACCACUUGGCAAUAGAGCACGAGUCAUCUCGGCUGGUGAACUAGCGAACUACGGCCAACUCCAAGCAACUGGGAUUGUGGCGUUGACAGAUGCACCGUUUUACCAAUGCUACCAACGAUAUGCUAGUCUUCUGGAUGCCGCCGGCGCGCUGAAAUGCAAGAGCUAGUAUGCUCACCGGCUGGGGUUGUGUUGAGUAGGAGCAUUCACAGCGGACGUCGCGGCAAUUGGGUGUUGGUCGUUGAUCCCCGAGGGUCACCGGGGAGCCGGCGGGCGACUUAGGACGGAUGGGUCAUCCGUCGUUACGAUACAUGGGCGUCCCGUCGCCAGCCCAUCGCCGACGCAGCGAGUCAUAAUGCCGUUCUCCAGAGUCCAGGCAGCGUCUGGGUACUGUGGGCAGACUACGUUCACAGAUGUGAACGAUCAACGGAUCCUCGCUGACAUGCAUGGCCAGGAAAGUAGUAUGCAACUGCGGGUCCGGGAGU